UGUUGUUUUUGUUGUGUUGUUGUUGUGGGAGGAGGAGAAUAAAACAGCUUGUGGAAGGAGAGGAGGACACAUCCACCCAUCCAUCCAUCCAUCCACAGCCAGUCGAGCAUUGGAGCUGGUGCUGACGCAGGCGAGACGAUGAAGGGCAAGCGGGGCGAUGGCGGUGUCGUCGUGGGCGGCGGUGGGCAGCACUUGAGGGAUAGGGAAGGAGGGGACAGUACAGCAGUGACAGUAGCGAUACCAGAGGAAGAAGAAGAAGAGCACAGCCACGACAGGCACAGCGGGACCAACGACGACAAUGCCAGGGCAAGGUCGACUGACACUGUCAGCACGUCUCAACAAGGCAACGGCGUUCAAGCAAACACCGACACCAAGGACAGCAAGACCGCAGCCACAGCAGCCACAGCAGCAACAGCAACGGCAAAGAAGUCUAAAGCGCCAGAGCCGCCAGUGUUUCCCUUCCUUGCUGCGUAUCCAUGGCUUCAAUACAACUCCAUCAUGGUGGUGGUGGUUGCAUGCGCUCUCAUGUUCACUGGCUUCCAUAUGGUCCGAGACCAACUCCAGGAUGUGUGCCAGCCAACGGUCACUAAGGCCUCCUUCUUCCUGGACGAAGCUGUCGGGGACGGCCACUGGUUUCGGACGUCCUGGAAUCCAAACAGCUGUCUACUGCAUCCGUACACGUCAAAGCGGUCAGAUGUUGCCUCCUGCCUGAACGGAGACACUGCCGUGUUCAUUGGAGACUCACGCGUACGCCAGCUCUUUCAGGCGCUCGUGCAAACAUUUGAUCCAACCUUUGAGGUGACCACUGAGCAGCGGCACCAAGACAUCCACUUUACGGACAACACCACCAACGUGUCCCUCUCGUUCCUGUGGCAACCGGAAAUUAUCUCCGCUGACGUCCAGCGCCUCUACAGCGACUGGGCUGCAGCACUGCAGAGCGGCACACGUGCACCGGCCAUGAUCGUACACUCGGCUGGACUAUGGGCGAUGAAGCGUGGCGAACCCAUCGACACACUAGUGCAGCAAGCGGAGCAAUUACGAGACGCCAUGAGUGCAAUCCCGCGAGCGACGCCCAUAUACUGGCUCCCAAUCUCAAGGGUUGACGAGUCACUGCUGUGGGAGUCGCGAAAAGCGAUCACAAACAACGUCAUCCAUCACUUCAACGCGCGGUGCAAACACGUGUUUGCGGACAGCAGAAACACACAGGGCGACCUGGUCGUCUUUGCAGAUCGCAUCCUUGAUGUGGCCGCAGACUUUACCGAGACUGAGGAUGGGCUGCACUUUGAGUCAUCUCUGCCGAAACAAGUCCACCUGCUGCUGAACCACCUCUGUCAUGGUGUGCGCACUCUUCGUCGUGGCAGCCGCACCUGCUGCGCCGCGCCCGAGCGAACCGCGCCCCACCAGUGGCUCGUCCUUGCCACGUUUGCAGGAUGCUGCGCGUUUGUUGCGCUUCUCGUGUUGAACCGACGCCGCAUCGCAGACAAACUCGCAGACCCUCCCCGCAGCACACGGUUCUUUGACAGCUUCGCACAGGCUGCAGCUGCGGUGAAGAAAACGCACCCCCGCUUGUUUGUUGUCUCAACCGUUGCACUUUGCAUGAUCUUCAUCUUCAUCGCAGACAGGACGGGCGUGUUCAUGGUGGCGGCGAAAGAGUUUCAGUGGUCCCAUUUCUCCCUUGGCUGCCUCGCCAUCCUUGCUCUUGGGCUCGUGUCGGUCCGCACAUCAGCCAAGGCGGGCGCCCUCAACCGCGACCAGACCGAUGAGUGGAAAGGGUGGAUGCAGUUGUGUUUUCUGCUCUAUCACUACACAGGCGCAUCCCAGGUUCUGUCCAUCUACGUCUUCAUCCGCGUGUGUGUCGCCGCGUACAUCUUCAUGACCGGGUUUGGGCACUACAUCUACUUUACACAAAAGAAGGAAUUCACUUGGCACCGCAUUACCAUGGUUGUGCUCCGUGUGAACAUCUUCACGCUCUUCCUCUCCAUGACCAUGAACCGCACGUACCAGUUUUACUACUUUGUUCCCCUCAGCACCUUCUGGUUCUUAAUGGUUUGCUUGGUGAUGUGGGCACUUCGCGGGCUGGACGGCCGCCUGGCGCUAGUCAAACCAUUCACGCUCAUCGCCAUCGCAGCACUUUUGUAUUACGAGACAGAAGACGGAGCCACGCCCGUGUUUGACUUUAUCUUCGACCACAAGCUCCUCGCCCCUUCGUCUUGCGUUUGUCUCUGACAAGCAACAACUGCAUGUGCUUUGAUGGACACGGCCUUUCGUCUCACUGUCACCUCGCUGU